AUGAAUAUGGUUGACGAGAAAAGCGUUGAGAAGGAUGUGAAAGAGAAGGCGUCACGUAAACGUCAAGAAUCAACGUCGAGUGAGUCGUCAUCUGCUAGCUCUACAGGAUCAUCGGACUCAUCUUCAAGUGGAUCGACAUCUUCGUCCGGUUCGGGAACCUCAAGUAGCAGUGAAUCAUCUGAAUCUGUUUCACCGUCACCAAAAAAGUCAUCAAAUAAAGCGAUGAUGGUCAUUGCAGAACGCGGUCGCAGUCCAGCAGGCGGAGCACGUCGUUCAUCGCGUUCGCCUCGUGGUGUAGCUCGUGCAGAUCGGGGUGAGAAGGUCACAAUAGCAUCAUCGCGUCGUUCAGUGACCCCACCGCGUCAGCGCCAACGUCGUCGAUCGCCAUCCUCUCCAAGAAGACGUCUCUCGCCCUCUCCACCUCGUAGAUCUCGUGGCGGUGCCACCUCACCAACCUCCUCACCAAGACGUUCCCCAAGAAGACGUGCCACUGCUGGUUCACGUGAACGUGAGCUCUCACCGAAACGUCGUCGCUCGCCAGCAGUCUCAUCACCGAAACGACGACGCAAUUCGCCGUCGCCAAAACGUCACUCAUCACCUUCCCAAAAACGACGUUCUGCCAGAAGUACGAGUCGAGAACGCACUCGUCGUGAUCGAUCGCGUUCCAAGGAUCGUAAGGCAUCAUCACCAGCGCGUAAAGCAACCCCUCCACCUCGACGUUUGUGCGUUCGUAAUUUGAGUCGUAACGUUACGAAAGAGCAUCUAGCCGAGAUAUUCAGUGUUUAUGGCACACUUAAGAAUUGUGAUAUGCCGAUGGAUCGUCAACACACGCAUCUGGGAAGAGGUUAUGGAUAUGUUGAAUUUGAAUCGGCAGAAGAUGCGGACAAAGCUUUGAAGCAUAUGGACGGUGGUCAGAUCGACGGACAGGAAAUCACUUGCGAGCUGACUCAUCAACCACGAACGGCGAUCAGUAACGGAGGCAGGAGGGGUGCAUCACCAAUGAGGUGUCAUCAAGCAUCUGCUGACGAUCGAUAUCGUGGUGCAUCGCCUCGUCGUUACCGAAGUCCGCCACGUUACGCUCGUGCAUCUGGUGCUAACAUGGCACCGUUGGGUGCGAAUCGCUUCAAUCGUUCUCGUAGUCCGCGACGCAGAAGAAGUCGAUCUUAA